UGCUUACGGUUUUACUGUUUUACAAAUUACUGUAAAAUUUUGAAAUUUUUAAGAACUAAAAUCUAAUAAAAAUUCAAAAUAAACAAAAAUGGGUUUAUUAAAACCAGGAAUAAAAGCUCGAUUGGAGUCAGUCACCGAAUUCGUCAAAACAUCUUACCAUGUUGCCUUCAUUCCAUUCGUUAUAUACAUGGGUUUCAACAAAGGACCAGAGGUUGGUGGACCAUCAUUUGGACUUUUAAGUCUCCUGUGGCAGUAAUUUAGAAUAAAGUUCUUCAAAUCCAUCAAGACACAUUCAUGUAUUAUUUUAGAAUAAUAAUUGUUUAUACAUUAUUUGUGCUUUAUACAAACAUUGUGAACUAGUUAACUAUCAUGUUCCCUUAAGCUUAACGUUCUGAAAUAAAUUUGUUAAAAUAUGAAUAGUAAAUUA